AUGCCGUCCCCCACCCUGGACAUCACGGAGGCGCAGUUCAUCGCCCGAAACCCGUCGGUAGGCGACGGCUGCAAGAACGGCCUGGUCCCCGGCACUGACUGUUGCCUUGACCCCGACACGUUGGUCCUGGCGACCUCCUCGACGACUAAGCCCACCUCGACGGCGAAGUCGCCCAACAACCACCACGACGGCCCCCAGCGGGUUGUGUCCGGGGACACCUGCGCCAAUAUUGUGUCGCACUAUGGGACGUUCACGAUUGACGAGUUUUAUAAGUGGAACCCUGCCGUCAGGAAGGACUGCAGCUCCCUCUUCCUGGGAUACUACGUCUGCAUUGGAAUCCCUGGCACGCCCACCACUUCAGCGCCGUCGGACCCCACGCCGACUCAGGCCGGUAUCACCAAGAAUUGCAAUAGCUACUACCUCGUCAAGUCCGGAGACAUCUGCCAGAAGAUUGUCGACUCGCACAAGGGGAAGUUUACCUUGAAACAGUUGUGAGUUUGCCUCAUCCUGUCGUGGCUGGGAAGAAGGGGGUGGAUAUAGGAUACUGACGUCUGUGAUUUCUCAGCUAUUCGUGGAAUCCGGUUGUUGGUGUAAGUUAAAUUAUUUCACAGACACACGUCUGCGUCGGCGUGAAGGCGGCGCGUCGUAUGGUGCGUAUGUGAGCUUGGUGUGCUCUGGUCACCGCUGGACGGGUUUUGGCGCCGAGAACAGAUGACAAUAAUAGGCUUCGGUAUAAAGACGGACCACUGUCACAUUUCAAUGUAUCCAAAAUGUACUUUUCUAGUAUUUAGUUUUAUGAGAGUAGAUUUUUAAGAA